AUGCGUGCCAAGGGAGAAACGCAGUUACAGUCCUCUAAAAUGAAACCUGUUAACACAGAAGAUGAUAUGAAGGUCGGAGUCGGGACUCCAGACGAUGAAACUCAAGCUACGAGGGGUUUUCCAUUAAUUGUAGGAGGACGAAAUGCAAAGCAAGGAAUGUUUCCAUGGAUGGUUGCUUUAUAUUACAAAGACGAAAUUAUUUGUGCUGGCGCUAUAGUAUCAAACACAUCUAUUUUGACGGCUGCACAUUGUAUCAUUAUGGAAGGAGUUCUACAGUGGACUACUUCCUUUUACGGAAUAAUAGGUGAUGUAAACAGACAUUUGGGAAGAAGAAUAUUUUUCAAUAGCUUCACACCUCACCCCAAUUAUGAUCACUUCGAUAAUGAUUUGGCCCUUUUAACAACCCAAGGAACUAUAAUUUUCAAUGAAUUAGUGAAACCUAUUUGCGUGGCGAGACCAGACACCGAUGAUAUGGAGUACUUAAACACGACUUCUAUGGGAUGGGGCAGCACCAGCCGAAUAAGAUGGGGAAAGAAGAUACCUGAUAUUCUUCAAUACGUAAAAUUAAACGUCGCCGCAAAUGACCAGUGCUCAUUUUUGUUCCCACGUUUAUCUGAAAAUCAAUUAUGUGCUGGAAGGAGACUUUCUGGAAUUUGCUACGGAGAUUCCGGUGGUCCUUUGGUCCAUCUUAGUGCCAAUAACCCGCCAGUUGCCAUAGGAAUUGCAGCAUAUGUCAAUGAACUUGUUGGCUGCGCAAAAUUCACUGGACUUGCUGUCUUUACUCGCCUUAGCAAUUAUUACGAAUUCAUAACAGAAAAUAACGCUGGCUCUAAGAUAUGCACAGUUUAAGCUGUUCAUAUGGAUAUU